AAAAAACAAAUUGGCCCUAUACAUCGACGAGUUGAUGUGAUCCCCAUCAGCCCGCACAGAAAGAAGAAGAAGAAGAAAAAACAAAUUUAGUGCAGUGAAAUUCUUUCAAAAUAAUCAUUUUACGAUUCUUGGUCCGCAGCUAAGCCACGAAACGUUCAAAGAAUAAAUUUCGAAAACAAAAACUUUUAAGAAUCCAUCAUGAGUUCCGAAGAAAGCGCAGAGCAAACCACCACUGAACAGACUACUGUCGAUCAAUCGGAAGAACAGGAGCAACAGCAGUCGGUCAGUGAGUUGGAGAAGCAGGAGGAAGCCAAGAUGAAGGCAAAGUACGGCCCAAAUGCAGGCCUAGGUGCCCGUGGUCUGGGCGGUCAUUCGGCGUUCUUGCAGAAACGUCUCCAAAAGGGACAAAAGUACUUCGAUUCGGGCGAUUAUCAAAUGGCCAAACAAAAGGGCGGUGGCGUCAAGCAGGUGUUCGCCAACAAGGUUCCAACAGGCGAGGCCAUUCCCACUCCCGAGACGGUCCCAGUGAGAAAAACCUCGAUCAUUCAGACCUGUAACAAGUUUCAAAGUUAAGUAAGCUUUUUAUGUACUUGCCUGUCUCAUACGAACAUUUACGAUAGCCACCCUCUUUUUCAUCCCAGAUUUAACUUGAAGAGUUUUUUUUUUCAAUUCAUAUCGUAUUUGGUCGGUUCUUCAAAUGUUCCCUCCACGGAUAUAAUUGUCUCUCACUUCCUCCUUGUUCGGCAUGUGUCUUUUCUGAGUUGAUCGAUUUCGCUCUUCGCUAGAAUCGGCUAAAUUAUACAAUUAGGUAAAAGUUUUAAUCAAUUCAAAAAUGUGCGUUACACCUCAUCACUAUCAGCUUAAGGGAAAAUUCUAUAACCUAAAACAUUAGUUCAGCAAACAAAAAAUAUUGUAGGAGAGUACUAAAUAUUUAAUAAAGAAACCCACAUUCAAAGAAAAAAAAAACUCGAAGUAAAGAAAUAGGAUUCGAUCGUACAGAUCAGCUGAAGUGCACACGUUACAUUUCACACUGCACCAUACGUCGAGGAGGUUUGAUCAAUAUCAUACGCCCACGCCCUGGAAAAGGGCUUCAAAAUUCGCUAGGAAAGAAUUGAGAAGUGUCAUCCCGCGGAACGGAACACUGUUCUUCGGUGCUAAUGGAGAGUGUGUUUCGAUGUUCCAUAAUGUAUAUGUGAAUAAUUAUCCAUUUUAUUUUAAAUGCUAGGAA